GGUAGGGGACAUUUCUCACAUGUGACGAUGACGGUUUAGUGUUGUCGUCAGUGACAUUAUGUAUAAAUGUAACAUGAAAUACUGUUAUCGUUGUUAAUUUCGUGUGUUCCGUCGACAAGAUAUUUAGGGCAAAAAUGGGGACGAUAUAUUUUAAACUUUUCAUCGUCUUGAUGUUUGCCGUCGCAAUGAGUAAUUCUGGCAGGGAUAUACUAGAUUGCCCAAACAUAAUCGGUCCUUUAUCCCUACCUGAAAUAUCUCCAUUGAGAUAUAACAUUCGUCUCACAAUAAAGCCGCUCAUGAAAAUAAUAUUAGGUGAAGUCGAUAUCAUGUUUAACCUUAACGAUUCACCAUUACAGAAAUUCAGUCGCUCUCAAACUCCGCCAAAUAAGAAAUAUGAAAAAGGUCUGUACGGACUGAGUCUGUACGCCCGUGGAUUGAAACCGAACAUUAAACAAACAGUAAUUAGUAGGAUUAAUUCAACGAUGGGUAAACUAGUUAACAUAAAAACUUAUAAAUUGGCGAACUUUACAUAUUGCGAUGAAAUCCUGAAUCUGAUUUUUGAAGACAACCUACUAGACGGACGAUAUUCUUUACAUAUGAAAUACACCUCUAACUUACAUACAAAUGAAAAGAUAUUUUAUCCAUACAUUUGGACUGAGGAUGCGAAUAAGUGGUUGUUCACGAAUCUAUAUACGAGAAACGGGACACGAUCACUAUUCCCAUGCUGGGACGACCCGAUAUUAAAAACAACUUAUAACGUCUCAGUCAAAUAUCCUACAGAUUAUAUGGUUUUUUUCACUCAACCUGCACGAAGGAUAUCGUUUGAUGAAUUUGGCACGCAAUGGUCGCAUUAUGAAGAUUUUUCCUCGGUUCAAACUUAUUCCUUAGCUAUUGCGCUGGUUAAUGGUGUCACGAAGAGUUAUGAAAAGCAUGGUAUCCAUUAUAUGUGGAGCCAACCGAAAGUGAAGAAAGCAUUCACAUAUGCAUACCAAAUAGCAGAUCAAUCGAUGUCGUAUCUUAUACAGAAAUUUCAGAUGCAUAUAGAGAGUGAGUUUCAGAAGAUAGACCAUAUCAUACUUCCGAAUAGUCCUUUAAAGUCCAUGGGAGGAUUCGGACUCGCUAUUUACAGGGAAGAAGAUGUUACGUAUGAUAAAGAUACAGAUUUGCCAAGUCGAACAAUUGACAUUGCGAAAUUGAUAACAUAUGAAAUGGCACGUCAAAUAUUCGUUAAUUUAGUUGGUCGGCACAAACAAAAUGAACGGCUGAUAAACGAACUGCUGGCGUCAUUCUAUAGUUACUAUGCUGUAGACCAGAUGCGGAAAAACGAUAGAUUAAUGGAACUGUUUACGGUCCAAAUGAUGCAUCCAGCUAUAGAAACUGACAAUUUCGAGCAGCGUAAGGUUAUUAAAUGUGAAUCUAAGGACAGGACUGAAAUAGAUACACUAUUUUACUGUCUCAUGCAUCACAAGAAAGGAUUUAUUUUAUUUCGUAUGCUGCUCAACAUUUUCACUCCUGAAGUUUUUGAAGACAUCAUAAAGAAAUACGUAUGGACACGAAACGAGAAUUUAUGGGAUAUGAUGGACCUAAUGUCCCCUCCAGAAAAACAUGGAAAUUUAAAAAUAAAAGAGAUAAUAGAUUCAUGGUUAACACCAACUUAUCAUUAUGAAGUAUACGUACAAAUGUUUCGUAAACAAAAGUUAGCGAAGGUACAUUUUAAAACUGUUAGACCAGAGACGUUAGCCGACAAGGUGAAAGUACCUAUAACUGUUAUUCUGCAAUCAAAUCUCAAGUAUUAUAACAAUAGGUCCUACAAUAUGGCCAUGAAUACGCAUUGGAUGAAAUAUCCGUCUUCUAUAGAUACAUGGAUACCAGACAACGAUGAAUUUAUCCUACUCAACUUAGAACAACUUGCUUACGUUCGCGUUCAAUACCCAGUAGACAAUUGGAUCAAUAUUGCAAAUUACCUACAAUUAGGCAAUUAUACAUACAUUCCUCCUCUCAAUCGCGCUCAACUAAUCAAUGAUGCGUUUUAUCUUACGUUAAUUGGGGAACUCAAUGAGGGAGAUGUAUUCUUUAAUAUCAUUGCUUAUUUUAACAAUGAAGAGGAUUAUAUAGUGUGGUAUCCUAUGUUUAGAAUUAUGACGUAUACAUCGGAAUACAUUAAACUUUGGGAAGGCAGACGUUUGAAAGCACGCUAUCAAAGCAUAUUAGAAACUCUCCUUGAAAAAGUGGGAUACGAACUAAAGCCAGAGUAUGAUGGCAUGAGAAUGUCGUUAAUAUUAUUAGGACGGAAGUGGGCUUGUCAGGUUGGAAACAUUGUCUGUACAGACCUGGCAAGCGUUAGCUUGAUGGAAUAUAUGGAAAAUAAGACACUGAACAGAGUUCCGCGGAUAUCGAAACAAUGGGUACUUUGUUCAGGAUUGGUGGGAGUAAACCAGACCAUUUUCAACGAUGUUAUGGAAGCAGCUGUAAAAACUUACAGAAGUAUGGAGAUUUUGGAGUACUUGUCUUGUUCUGAGAAUCACGAAAUCAUCAUAAAUUAUUUGAAAUUGAUACUGCAACAGCAUUAUUUCGCGGACACAAUACAACCUAUGGGACAAAUAUUUCGUACCAUUAUAAAAAAGCAUGUGAAAAAUGAUUUUGUGUUACAUUUUGUGACUAAGAAUUAUAAUCAAAUAUUAGACAGAUUUCCAGUUGUUUUUCGUAGCGGCAUUUUAUUAAGUGAUAUGAUUAUGAAUAUAUAUAGGAGAGAACAGCUCGAAAGGAUCAAAGAUUUUGCAUACACAAAAUAUCAUUGGAAUUCAAACACUCUACAAGCUACCUCCUUUAACAAAUUGUUGUACUAUCGGGAAAAAUACAUAAGUAAAUUGGAAAACAAGUUUAAACCUUUUUUUAAUAUUUAUUAUUAUUAAAGAUACUGAUAUUUGAAGAAUUUAAUAAUUUGCCAAAUUAGCAACAGAAUUAACAUCAUCUGGAAUAAUUGAAAUAAUUUUCAUGACAAUUAUUAUCAUCGUGAGAGUUGCACGUUUAGGCUAGAACUUUUGGUAUUUCAUAACAUCGAGCAUUUAUUUAAAACAUACUCCUGAUAUUAAAGAAUGUAAAUUCUUGUACAACAUAAUAUAUAAAUAAUUACUCAUACUGCUAGCUGGUGUGUGUGUGGGGCAUUAUUAUUUAUGAAGAAGUAGGAGAAACUCUAUGAAGGAAACGAGAAUAGUUGUAAAGAAGAGACUGGUACAUAUGUACUUUAUAAUCUUAGAAUUAUACCUGUGUACUAUGUUAUAAUUUUUAUGUUAUUGUUAUUUAAUAAAUCAUACUAUUUCAUAAUUUC